GUGCGACAACCAAUCUUUGACUUUCAGGAAUUCCGCCAUCUGCACUCAGUCGCGCCUUUUUUUGGACAAGACGCCAGCUUUUUUUUUUGUUUUUUUACUUAUUUUUUUAUACACUAAUUUAAAUUUAAGCUACGUUUCGUUAGGAGAUGGAUCUUCGCUUGACACUCCUCUUCAUCUGUCUCUACAACCAAGGAGUGACUAAUGCUCAGGUGGCAGGAGAAGAGUCGACCCCAUCGGUGCCCCUGAAUCCCAGCCAAAAGGUAAACGAAAGCACGCCAGAGCCGAGUCUGUCAACGCCCGCACCCGACGAGGAGGACUCGGAGGAGGACGAGGGCUGCGCGGUCAUCGGCCGCAACUCGGAGGCCAGCGAUGCUGUCGCCGCCGCCGUUCAGAAGUUGGGCAUGGAGCUGCUGCAGCAUCUCAAAACCACGCCCGAGCAGCCCAAUGUCAUCAUAUCGCCUUUCAGCAUCGCUUUGGCGCUCUCCCAGUUGGCUCUUGGUGCCGUCAACGAGACCGAGGAACUGCUGAUGCAACAUCUCCAUGGCAACACCAUCACGUGCUACCACCACGCCGUCAAUCACGUCUUGACACUGCUCCGAAACAGCGACCUGAAAAUCGGCACCCGCAUCUUCCUUCGCCGAGGCUUUAUUCCAAAGGAGGACUUCCUCGUGGAAUCCAAACGCCUGUACGACUCGGAGCCGGCCGUCCUGGAGAACCUGAAGCAGCUCAACGACUGGGUGGAAAACGCCACCAACGGGAAGAUGAAGGACUUCCUGUCUGCGUUGCCGCCUAACAUGCUGCUCAUGCUCAUCAACGCCGUCCACUUCAAAGGUGAAUGGGAAGCUCGCUUCGACCCGCAGACCACCACCACCGGCGCCUUCUUCCUGAACGACAAGCAGAUGGUCAACGUGGACAUCAUGGAAAAUUUCAAACAUCCUUUGAGUUUUCUUUUCGACAGUGAACUCGAGUCCCAGGUCGCAAGCUUCCCGUUUGUGAGGGGGAUGAGCUUUUUAGUAAUCAUGCCCAUGUCCGGUCACGUCAACAUUUCCUCGCUUGCUCCUAAGCUGAAUAUUUCCAGCGUUUACUCUCGUCUGCCCAAGCAAAGAGUCGUUCACGUCAAAGUCCCCAAAUUCAAGCUGGAGUACGCUCAGGAGCUGCAGGAGGUCUUCACCAAAAUGGGCCUCGGAGAGAUGUUUUCCAGCCCCAACCUAGCCGACAUGGCCGACGGGCCCUUACUGGUGUCCAGCAUCCAGCACAAAGCCGCCAUGGAGAUCAACGAGGAGGGGGCGGAGGCUUCCGCCGCCACCACCGUCGUCAUCUCGCGCUCGUCCAGUCCGAUUUUCUACCUGAGCCACCCCUUCCUCUUCGCCCUCGUGGAGGAGAAGACGAAAGUGCCGAUUUUUAUGGGCGUCGUCAACAACCCCAAUCCCGACGCGCAGGUCUUGCCGAGAGGAGAAAAAAAGAGUAAGGAUAAAGAUGAGGUGCAAAGUGAUAUGAAUCAAAUGGGCGCGUUGGGAGGCCCUCCCAAGUAGCGACGAUCUCGUGUUCAGAUGCCACUUGGUUAAAAAAAAAAAAAAAAAAGAGAGCAAGAGCAUUGUGAUUAUACAAAAUAAGUGUACAAUACGAGAUAGCUCGAUUAAAAUGUGAAAAAU